CCACAAUCCUCCACAACAACCAUCCAACCAUGCCCCCUCGCCCAAGACGCUCACAAGGCGCAGCACAAAACUCGCCAGCCAAAAGGUCACGCGCUCCCCGCAAGUCGGCAGUCAAGGAUGAGCCCGACACGCCCGACCCGGAGCUGCAUGACGAUGGCGACGACGAUGCGGUAGGAGAGGACGCCGAAGACGAUGACGAUGAGGAAGAGCCGGCUCCCAAACCCGGCCCAUCACGCAGCCGGUCACGCGCCAAACCGCGGAGCUCAAACGCGAAGCGCACCCCGAAACGCGCCAAGACGGAGGAGGAGGCGACCGAGGACGAUGAUGACGAGGAGGUCGUGUCAGCUGGACGCCGCCGCUCGGGCAAGCAGGUCAGCUACAAGGAGAUCCCUGCUGGCGCCGACGACAAGGACGAGGAGUCGGACGGUGACGACGAUGAUGACGAUGAAGAGGAAGAGGAGAAGCCGGUCAAGGCGACGCCGGCGCGUCGGAACAACCGCCGCGCCAAGGAGGACAAGGACGACAAGCCGUACAAGAGGGAGCCUGGAACUGGUGGACGCGGCGGCUUCAGCGUCAAGGGCGCUGCGGCUGCCGCUGCGCGCGCGCGAUGGGACAAGGUCCGUCGUGAGAAGGCCGAGAGGGGUGAGGACAGCGACGAAGCCGUCGCGCGUCGCCGUACCAAUGCGCCGAUUAAGAAGGACCCUCGUGGUGCGCUGGAGAACGUUAUCAAUGGCCAAAAGUACACGAUCAAGAACGCCGAAUAUGUUGCUGGCGACGACGAGCUCAUCAUCCCCGACGACCCCAAGGGUGACACCAAGGUCGACGCUGAGGGCCGACUGCUUGGCGGUCGCGAGUACAAGCUCGUGACGUUCACCUCUGCCACGCGCAAGAACAAGGAGCGUGUGUACGCGCUCACCAUUGACGCGGCGCGCGCGUGUGGAUACACCGACUCGCUGGCGUUCCUCCGUCGCUGCCCUCAGAUUGUCAAGCUCUCGUGCGACCCCGAUGAGAGGCAAAUGCUCAUCGACAUUGGACGUAUCACGGGCAACCUCAAGCACCGCAUGGUGACCAUGGUUGCCAUGCGCAACGUUUUCAAACUCAUGGGCGCGAGGCUGGUCAAGGGUGGCAAAUGGGUCGACGACGACUACAACGAGGAGCAGGCCCUGAUUGACUGUGGAACCAAUGGGUGGACACCACACUCUGAGGUCCUGGACGAGGAGCUCGCCGUCAACCAGUACCCUUCGGCUGGUGGACCUGGUCGACCGCCAGCCAACGCUGGCUUCCUCGCGGACGGUGUCGCUGCCAAGUCUGCGUUGACGCCAUUCUACACUGUCGGCGGCCCCACAACACACUUUGGUGGGACUGGCGCCGACCCCUGGUCUGAUACGGUGCACGGCCGUCGCGGCAAGUUGCGCGGCCUGGGUGUCACCGAAGAAGACUGGAUGCUUCGCACGGCCGAGGAAUCGCGCCGCAUUGACGAGACGCUACGCGGGUACCGGGAUGAGCGGAUCGAGGUGCUGUCUGGACAGGACACGCGCGGCUGGGUGCACUACAGCGAAGAGUUUUCGUCUGGGGCUAUCAAGCCCGAGGUGGACGAGCACAAGCACCCUCUGGCCAACGAGCUCACCUUCGACACUGGCAGUGAGCCACUAACGCCGGCUCCGCCUGAGCCUGCGGCUCCGGCCGCCGACAACAAGCCUGAGGCGUCAGAGGACAAGCCAGUGGUCGACAAGGUGCCUGGUGGCAAGAUUGUCGUCGAGCGCGAGUCUGAGACGCGGGAUGGGCGGCCCAAGAAGAGCAAGUGGCAGCCCGGUGUGGUGCGCGCGGCGUACGAGCCGCACACCCAAUUGCCGCAUGUUCCUCUGCGGACACAGCCAUCCUCGGCCGAGAUCAAGCGCGUGUCGCAUCUCCCUCUCGUUGGACUCAACGGCUCGGCGCGAUACGUCAAGGCGCCAGGCAUUGCGUCCGUCGAGUUUGUGUACACGUCGGGAUCGGAAGAUGCCGGCACGCCAGCGUGGCUGACGUUUGGCGACGCCAUCCAAGGCGCCGACGCGAUCAAGAAGCGCAAGGCUCUGAUCGCCGAGGCCGAGGAGUGGGAGCGCGUGUCGCGCGCCAAGAGACGGGCGUAGCUGGGCCGAGCUAGGCCGCUACUCUUGUCACUAGCUAAUAGUUGAUAGGCAUAGGAGCAGAUGCAUACAACGUUGUAC